CGUCACUAUGCGCGUUUUUUUGGCAAUGCUAGUGCCCGUUACAGUCUGCUGUUUUGGUGUCAAAAUUGACAAGUUGAGUCCCACACUCCUGGAGUUCCAGAAAACGAUGGAAUUGAAUUGCAGCGUGACUGGAUGUCCUCCGGGACAGUCAGCGGUGACCUGGCGCACAUUAAAUGACCAACCCUUCAAACCAGUAAAGGAGGAAUAUGGAUUUUUGUCGUUCAAAAGUCCAGCUCUGACAAAUCUUGAACUGGUAUGCACUGCGACAUGCGCCACCGCUGAAAAAGUUCAGAAAAACAUGAGGAUACUUGUCUACUCUUUUCCAAGCGACCCUGAAAUUAUCGGAGGAGACAAUCUGACCAGUGGUGUAGCGAAUACUCUCACCUGUACAGCGCGAGCCAUUUACCCUGAGGAUGUGUCUGUGGAGUGGCUGAAAGAUGACGAGAUUAUACUUGAAGACGGGAAACCAAACACGAUCGAUGGCUCGGAUGGAACAGUUACAGUUAUUUCCACACACACGUUCACUCCCACGGCUCAGGAGAAGUUAGUGAACAUUACAUGUAAAGUGAUUCUGAAUAUCUACCAGAGUAGUAGUCCUAUCAUCAAAACAAGCACCAAGACAAUGGAUGUUAAUCAUUACACCAUCGGAGAAAUAGACAUAUCUGGACAACACAUUUUGAGUGUUGGAGAAACACUAACUUUGACCUGCAACUCAAAGGGACACCCACCUCCUAUUGUGUUGUGGACUAUGGCGGGGGAGGUUCUCAACAUCCGCAAUGGGAGCACCCUUACUAUUAAAAACAUCACCUGGUCUCAUGCAGGUCAAUAUGACUGCGAAGCCCACAAUAUUGCAGGCAGAGUGAACUCCAGUGCAACUGUGACAAUUCAAGGUCCCCCCACCAAUGCACAGGUGCAAGUGCACCCAUCACUCGAGGCAGCAAGUGGUGAGAACGCCACCAUCAUAUGCUUUGCCCAAAGCAUCCCGCCGCCCACCUUCACCCUGCACAAACAAGGCAGCGGCCAACUCCUGCAGUCGAGCACUGGCACCUUCCACCUUCUCCAUCUUACACAGGAAGACGCUGGCUUGUACCUGGUCAACAUCACCAACCACUGGGGACACGUCACUGAGACAUUCAUGCUCAGCAUCACAUCAAGCUCAGCCUCAUCUAUGGUGCACACAGUGGUGCUUCCUGCGGUGGGCUCAGUGUCCUUCCUGACGGCUUCGCUCCUGCUGCUCCGCUUUCUGAGGUCCAGGAAACGACCCCAGGACAUUGGCAGUGGCAUCGGGGACAUAGUGGAGGAUGCACUGUGAUACGCUGCACACCUGGGGGGCCUAUACUAAACAUUUCAGGUGACCCCAUUUGAAUUCCAGGCGACACCAAAUGGGGUCCCGACCCCAGUGUUGAAAAACACCGGAUUAUGGAAACAAAAAACCCACAAAGAAAUAAACUACUCUGUCUUUCUACCAUGACUAUAUUCAGUUCUUAAACAUUUUAAGACAACAUAGGAAUCCUCAAGAUGCUGACCCCUGUUUACUUAACCCAUUUUAGCCUGAUGUGGGUAUAUUCCAGCUGAAUGAACACAUUGUAAUGCAAGAUGAGGGUCUUAAGGUUUAAAUGCAAUCGCGUUUCAUGUUUUUAUGUGCAUCUGAGGCGAAGAUAUUUAGGUUUUUAUAGGCUGAGGGCAACUUUCCCAACAAGGGGUUAGGCAUUCAGCAGGCGUUUUUCGCAGGUGCUUUAGGCAUCAAUGGGUUAAACCACACACUCAGUGUCCAGUUUUAAAUCAGCAGACUGGCCCUUUAUUGCCUUCAUGUAUUGAUGGUGCUUACCCUGAGAUUCACAUGAUUGAUAGGGGGCCCAACAUUCUUAAGACACUAACAAUGGACAACCUUGCCCAUACAGUUCACUCUGGUUCCCAGCCCUCUCAAAGCAUUUGCUUCAUCUGAAAAAACCUGUUCUGAGUGACACAACCACCUGAUUAUUGAGCCUGAGUAUUAACGGUGCCAUUGAACUUUACAAAGAAAGUCCCUUGUAUCUUCAGUAAUUUGGCUUGUGAUUAUCUCCAAAGUGUGAAGGUCCAAACAGAAGUUAUCUUGUCCUUUCUGAAGAGCACCUGAUUCUUUUACAAACAAUUGACCCAAC